AUGAGUGAUGAAGAGGGAAAACCUAAAAUUGAUUUCUUGGUAGUUUGGGCUCUCGGUGCUUAUCCAGUAGAGCAAAAAGAUUAUAACAUUGAAAUGUCUUUGUUUGUACCUUUAAAUUCGGAAGAAAGAGAUUUAGAGAUUCAAGUGAUCUUUGAAAAGGAUAGUUUUUUUUGCGUAGGUGGUAAAAUUAUUCUUGGGUUUAUAAUGGUUGUUGAAUCUAAUAAAUGUCCUUUAAAAGUUUCUUUGGUUGGAGUUCCGCAGGAGAUGCCUAUUGAGAUUAAAGAUGAUAUUGUUAUUAAUACAUAUGAUUCGUCCCAGGAAUCUUUGAUUUUUGUAGUUGGGCAGUUAGAGAUAAUUAGGAAUGAAUUUUACGUAUAUUCUAAAGAUAUUAAUUAUGUUGAUACACAUUUUAGUAAUAAGAAGAGAUUCUUGGAUGGAAAUAUUUCUCAGAAUUCAUCAGUUUCUAAAAGUUCGAUUCGUUCUAAGCUUUUAGCUACUCAUCAAAAUAUUGUUGGUGAUUCUGAAGAGAAGUUAGACAAUAAAACUUCUGUCGACUCGAAUAAUUUUGUGGAUAAUUAUGAUUUUAAUGCUGCAGGUAGUUCUUGUUCAGCGAAACAUGCAAAGUUCGAUGAUUUUGAUGAAUCUUUCGAUGAUACUUCAGUAAAUUUUGAAUCUAAGUCUCGUAGUAAAGAGGAUGGUUGUUUGUCUGGUUGUGAAGAAGAAGGAGUUAAGGAAGCUGUAAAAGAUAGUAAGAAUAAAAGAAAUUUUUCACGUAGUGAAGGUAAAAAACCAGUUGAACGAUCUUUACAUAGUAGUUUACGUGGGUCGAAUUCAGUUAAAACUUAA